GACUUUCCUCAGUCAUUAAUGCCAUUGUCGGAGCAUCCGUACAACGCAAGGCUGACCAUCGAGGAUACCGUACACUAUCAGUACAACGACACCGAGGAAUGGCAGUCCAUAUUUCCUCCGGGAGGUGGAUUUGUCCGUCUGGGACCCGAGCAUCGUAUGUUCGGCAUCUCGAUGUUCCACCAGUUGCAUUGUCUGGACAAGAUGCGCCGUGCUAUAUUGAAGGAGCCGCCUACCGCUUGGGAAAAGUCGCACACGCAGCACUGCCUGAAUUAUGUUCGGCAGAUGAUACUGUGCGCGUCUAAUUUGCGUCUUGAGGAUGUGAAGGAAUCACCAAGGGGAAUCAAAGCUGAUGGGCUGGGAUUGGAGCAUGAAUGCAGGGAUUGGAGUCUGCCGUAUGUCAUGGCCACAGAAAACCAUCGUGAUUGGCCGGAAUGGUUGUAUGGACAAUAG